CAGUGCAACAGUGUAUCUACUCUCUACUGAGUUCAGAGAUUAGUCUUUACCUGGAUGGCAGAAGUUGAUGGCACACCUAACCACUAUGGGAUCUGGCUGUGUGCUCCCCUUGGUAGCCUUUCUGCUGCUGUGUGGAUCUGGAUUAACUCUGGGUGGAAAUAUUCUGGUGCUUCCUGGAGAGUACAGCCACUGGCUCAACAUGAAAGUUAUAGUGGAUGAGCUGCUUUCUAGGAACCACAGUGUGACUCUUCUGACCCACAGUGCCACACCUUUCAUCAAGUACCCUCAAAAGGAGAACUUCAGAUAUCUGGUUUUUAAUAUCAGCAGGAAGGAGGAAGAUGUUAAAGUCAUGUGGAAGAACUUCAUCAACGUUUGGAUGAAUGACACCAUCUCUGGGACAUUAUCCCUGUUCUGGAAUACUAUGUUUGAUUUUGAGAACUAUCUGGAGACAGUGUGUGAGGGAAUGCUGCUUAAUAAAGAUCUCAUAGCUUCACUGAAGGAGUCAAACUUCGAAGCAGUUCUGUACGAUCCCAUGAUGCCAUGCAGUGAUCUGUUGGCUGAGACCCUCAGCCUGCCCAGUGUCAUGUCUCUCAGACUCAGUCCAGCCUAUGUUAUGGAGAGGUGGUGUGGCCAGAUGCCAGCUCCACCUUCCUAUGUGCCUGCUGUUGCUUCACAAGGCCAUCUCAGUGAUCAGAUGAACUUCAUUGAGCGGGUGGAGAACAUGGUGCUGUACAUUUUUAACACAGUAGCUUUCAGGCUGCAAGUGAUGCUUACCUUUGAUAGGUAUUAUACUAAAAUAACGGGCAAACCCACAGUGCUGUGUGACGCUUUGGGUAAAGCCGACAUCUGGUUAAUCAGAACUUACUGGGACUUUGAAUAUCCACGGCCUUUACUGCCAAACUUCAAAUUUGUUGGUGGAUUGCACUGCAAGCCGGCAAAGCCACUUCCAAAAGAGAUGGAGGAGUUUGUUCAGAGCUCAGGGGAUGAUGGGAUUGUGGUGUUCUCUCUGGGUUCUAUGGUAAAUAACCUCCCCAAAGAGAGAGCGAACACCAUCGCUUCAGCGCUCGGACAGAUCCCACAGAAGGUGUUGUGGAGAUACUCAGGAGAGAAACCCGAUACUCUUUCUCCCAACACAAAACUCUAUGACUGGAUUCCCCAGAAUGACCUACUAGGACAUCCCAAGACCAAGGCCUUCAUCACUCAUGGUGGGACUAAUGGAAUCUAUGAAGCUAUUUACCAUGGUGUACCGAUGGUGUGCAUGCCACUGUUUAUUGACCAGCCAGAUAACGUAUACCACAUGAAAACCAAGGGAGCUGCUGUUAUAUUGAACAUUGACAAAAUUGAAACCAAGGACCUGAAGGAGACUCUCACCGAAGUCAUAAACAAUCCAUUGUACAAAGAGAGCGUCAUGAGACUUUCUCGCAUCCACCAUGAUCGUCCAAUGAAGCCACUGGACGAGGCUGUCUACUGGAUCGAGUUUGUGAUGCGCAACAAGGGGGCCAAGCACCUGAGAGUCGAGGCCCAUAACCUCACUUGGUAUCAGUACCACUGCCUGGACGUUAUUGCCUUCUUGCUCUCAAUAGUCGCUCUGGUCAUCUUCAUCUUUGUCAAAACGUGCAAGUGGCUGUUCCGUAAAUGUUGCAGAAGAUCCUCCGCCAAGAGCAAGAAGGAGUGAAUGAUUUGGUGCAGAUUAGUCGACAUAAUCGACAAUAUUAUUUAUGUCCACUAAUUGUUAAGUUGUAACUGCAGUGCAUUACACAAGCAAAAGUGGGGAGUUUGUGAAACAGGUGUGUUGUUUGUGAAGCUGUGUGUCAGCAAAAAACACAGUGAAUCUGAUAUUUUCAAUUCAGAUCUGGGCCACUUCAGUAUCCGAUUCAUGGCAAUGUAACUUUUUUUCUGGGAGUCUUUUAAAGAUUAAAAAUAGUCUUAAAAGUAAUCAUGUAACUAAUCGGUAAAAAAAAGGAAAAAAUCUGAUUAGUCGACUAUCAUAGCUCUAUUCUCAACCCUGGUCAUGGGGGCCCACUGUCUUGCACUCUUUAGCAUAUAUGGGUAGACGGCGCUCUCUCCCCACAUCACUAAAGGGUGAUGUCUGCAGCACAGAGCGUCUGUGAGCUGAUGUAUCAGAACCAAGUCGCUGCGCUGUCCUCCGAGCAUGCUGUGAUGCUACUCAGCAAUGCUGCAUCAGCAGCAGUUUAAAAAGAAGCGGUUGCUCACAUGUAUCUGAGGAAGCAUGUGCUGUUCUUCACCCUCCUGGUGUGUUGGGGCAUUACUAGUGAUAGGGGGAGUCCUAACGAGUGGGUUGGAUAAUUGGCUGAGCAAAAUUGGGGAGAAAAUUAGAACUAAAAUUAUUAAAAAAAGAAAAAGUGGACGUGUUAAAGCAGGAAAAGUUCUGGAAUGUGCAGGGCAGUGGGCCCCCAGGACCAGGGUUGAGAAACACGUCAUCAGUGAAACACAGUAUCAGUGUUACUCAACUAGGGCUGCAACAAUUAGUCGACGUAAUCGACAAUAUUGAUUAUGUCCGCUGAUUGUUAAUUUGUAACUGCAGUGCACUACACAGAGGCUACAUUUACACCACAGGUAAAAGUGGCCCAAAUCCGUCAGGUAUGUCGUUUGUGUUGUAACGCGGGGGAUGAGACGGGAGGCGGAUUUAAAUGCGGGUAAGAACAAGACUUUAAUAAAUAACAAAUAAACAAAUAAACAAACAGGGGAAUAACGAAUAAAUAUAUAUACAUAAACAAACAGGGAAAACAAACAAAGAGCUAAACUAAACAGAUAAGUACAAAACAGGGCUAGGGAUAUAUAUACAAAGGAUAAAUACGAAAAUAUAUACAAAAUAAACAAAGAAACAAACAGGAAAUAAACGUGACUAGAAAUAACGUGAAUGACAAUAAACAAGAGCGAGUAAAUAUGAAACGUGGAGAAAGCAAUAACGUGACGUGACAGACAACGGGGGAAGGUGCAAAGACCGACGGCUAAACAUGGACUGAACUGUGCUAUAAAUAGUAACAAUAAACACUGAACACCUGGGGAAGGGGCGGAGCUACAAAUUACACACACGUGAUGGAAAAGUACUGGAGAAACACACUAGGAAACUGGGAAAACACAGGAAAACAUAGCGAGGGCGUAACAUGUGUGGCUGUGUGUGAACAAAAAACUCAAUUCUGAUCUGGGCCACUUUAAUAUGUGAUAUUAAUAUUCAAUACAUACUGUAUAUCUGAUUCUUGGCAAAGUGACUCUGUCUAAAUAGGCAGAUCUGAAUGCUGAGAGUCACACAAAGAUUGUGUGAAGUCUCAUGGAAGAAAUGCAACUGUGUUGCACUUUUUAGCGCUUACCUUGUUCCCGAAGUACAUGAUCCAACCAAUAACUUGAUUAACAGCCUAUUAAUGAGUUAAAGUGGAUGUGUUAAAGCAGGAAAUGAGCAGGGCUUUGGGCCCCAAAGACCAGGGUUGAGAAACACUGGUGUAAAUCAUGCCUUAUCAUAGGUUUAAACACUAGGAUGAUGCAUUAUACUGUAAAUCUUUGCUGUCAUCACAUGCAGCAACCUUGUAUCUUUUGUUUUAACAUUUUUUACUCUGUUAUAUAUAUAUAACAGAGUAAAUAUAUGUAUAUAUAUUGUAUAUAUAUAUAUACAAUCGCCUUAUAUGUACUCCAGUUCCCACAGUGCACCAGUUGAUCAUCUGAACCUGGACCAUGGCAUCCCAGGUGGUUGCUUCAGUGUUGCUAAGGUGUAUAUGGUGGUUGCUAUGGUGUUGCUAAGUGGUUGCUAAGGUGUCUAUGGUGGUUGCUAUAGUGUUGCUAUGUGGAUGUUCGUUUAUUGCUAAGGUGCUGCUAUAUGGUACAAUUCAAACUUGGCUAAUAAGGAAAUGGGGAAAAUCUGUCCCAAGAUUUUAUUAAAGUCGCACAUCAGAUCAUCAGGUUCUUAAAUCAUAAAUUAUGAAGCUAUGGUGAAAAUGAUGUUUUUCAUAGCUUGAAAAAUGGGACUGCUAGAUAUAUUUGAAAGUUGGGCCCAACAUUUCCAGACAAGGGAGAAUUUUGCACUUGCACUGUUUAUUUAACACUAUGGGUCAGUUUCCCAGACUGGGAUUAAGCCUAGGCUCGGCCCACACAGUGUUUUAAAUGGAGAUUUUCCAGAGGUGAAAAAAGUACAGAAAAAUUGUAAUUAAGUAAAAGUACCUUUACUUUGCUAAAAAUCUACUUGAGUAAAAGUAAAAAGUACUCAAUAUAAACUGUAAUUUGAGUAAAAGUUACAUUGUUACUUUUAAUUUUUUGAUGUAAAAAAUAUAUAUAUAUUUUUUAAUGAACUAUUAUUUCACAUAAUAAUUUGGAUCUUUCAGGCAGUAUUUGUUCAGACCACACCAACAUUUUCAAGAACAAGUGGUAUAGGUUUCUAUGAUCCAUUUUUUCUUUACUGUUAAAAAGUUAUGGUCAUAUACGUGACUAUAAACUUUUUUUUUAUAUAGUUUUACAGGUCAUUGUUAUAUUUUAACUUGCAAUUGCUGUGCUUUAACUGCUAUUUAAAUGUUUUUUUUAACAUUCAAGCAGAUUGUUUAUGUUAAAAAUACUACAUGCUUUCGCAGGUUUGAUGUGGAAGUUUUGAAAGCUGACAGCUCUGACCGGCAGGGCACAUUUUGUAUUGCCUCGUUAUUCCACGCGUGAGCAUCCUUGCGCCGGCGCAUCCGCACCAAUUAUUAUUAUUUUUAAUUCACACAAUUGUGUUUUUCCCAGCAUUUUAUUUUUUACUCAGUAAUUGGGAGUUUUCCAAUGUAGCAAAGUAGAUUACUUGUGCCAAAAUGCACUUGAGUAAAAGUAAAAUGACCUAUUUUAAAAACUACUUUAAAAAUUACAAAUUACUCAUAAAAUCUACUCAACAACAGUAACUUGAGUAAAUGUAAUUCAUUACUUUCCACCUCUGAGAUUUUCCAUUAAAAUGCAAAUAUUGUCUGCAACUAGGCUUAAUCCUUGUCUGCGCAAGCAACCCUAAAAAGUGUUGAUUUAAGACACUGGCAAAUUUACUGUGUAGACUAAUGUGACUCUCAACUGCAUAAAAGUAUUCUUUUCAGGCUCAGUCUGUCAUGGUAGGGGUGUGGGAGGAGCCAAGUGCGGAGAUAUAACGAAAAGGGUUUUACUAUAAUUAUGUGUGCAUCAAAGAAAAAGGGGAACAUAAACAAGAGAAUGCCCUUUCGGCGAAACAAAGCUAACUAAAUAAUGCCUCUGUUUGAAAUAAAAUAAAGACAGAAAUAGUAACAGAAAUUCAAGAAAAUUAAAUUAUUUUCUUUUCUUCUCAGCCUUGCAGGCUUUCCCUUAUCUUUUCUUUCUUGCCUGGCAAGCUUUCUUUUAAUUUCUGUUCUCUUAUUUUGUUUUCUUUUCUUCCUUUUCUUUUUCCCUUUUCAGCCUUGCAAGCUUUCUUUUAUUUCUUUUCAGCCUUGCAGGCUUUCUUCUUUUAUGUAUUUAUUUAUUCUUUCUUUUCAGCUUUGCAAGCUUUCUUUUAUUUUAUUUUAUUUUAUUUUUCUUUUUAGCCUCGCAGGCUUUCUUCUUUUAUAUAUUUUUUCUUUUCAGCUUUGCAAGCUUUCUUUUUCUUUUUCUUUUUUUCUCAGCUUUGCAAGCUCUCUUAUUUCUUUUCUUUUCAACCUUGCAGGCUUUCUUUUAUUUUUUCUUUUCAGCUUUGCUCCGUGGAGCUACCGUUUACCGGUCACAGGGCAUGAAGUCUGCGACAUCAGUCUGCUGGAAGCUCGCCUUUUUAAAGACGGUACCACAGCUGAGGCUGAUGACGCGUGAUUGGCUUCAGGUGGCCUUAAUGAUCCCUGUUCUAAUGAACUCUCAGCCGGUUCCCUUCUUAUCACCUUGGUGGGUUUAUGGCGGCCUCUGGUGGCCGCUGCGGGAACUGGCUGAGCCCUAACACAGUCAUGAAAAUAAAGCCUGGAAAUAAUUUAAUUCUUCAAGAUUUUGACUUAUUUUGUGACAUAAUUUUUUUUUUAUAAUAAUUUUUACUUUUGUGGAAAUAAUUGCUUUUUAUUCAGUAUUUUAUUUUUUGAUCAUUUUUGCUUAUUUGAUGUAACACUGAUUUUAUACACUGGUGUCUUAUACAAUUGUUAAUUGUACAAAAAGUGUUAUUUUUAAAUAAUUAAAUGUUAUUUUAUUUUGUGUUCUGUUUAUUGUUGAUGCAAAAGUUUGUGAACUGCUGCGUGUUCUUGUGUGUGUGUGUAAAACGAGUGUUGCCAAGAUAGCAAUAAACGUCUUGACUGAUGAUGUCUGCCUAGGUUAGUUCCAAUCAGUGGCGCACCUGUGUUUUCCAUUUUCAAGAUAGCAAUACGCCAUUCUUUAUAACAUUAGUGCUCAAUAUGACUGAGUGUUUGGUCCAUUUGAAGCAGGAGCCCCUGCUGAUUGUAGCUCUGCUAUAGAGGAGCAGUUUAAUUAUAUGACAUCUGGCUCCACCCUGAGGCUGAGGUUUACAGUUCAGACAGUGAGGGAUUUCAGCUUCAGUAUGGAGAAGGAACAUCCACCCAUAGGGCAGAGGGCUUGUGGGAAUUCUAUGUCUGUUGCCUGUAUAUCUAUGAGAUAAACCUUAUUGCUAAAAAAAUAUAUCUUUUCUUUCUUUUUAUGAUUGGUAUAUAUAUAUUUAUGAUGUAUUAUUAUAUUGUAAAUUUAAUAUUGAAGAAUAUAUUAAAGCUAUACAGGAGCAAUUAAUAGCUGAAUUAUUCUGUAAACAAAAAGUGUUAAACUAGAAUAUGUUUUAUAUUUUAGAUUCUUCCAAGUAUCACAUUUAUCUUUGAGGACAGAUCUGCACACUCUUUCUGUUUUAAUCUCAGUGUCUUCAUGACAGAGAGUCACCUGGAAUAGUUUUCUCAGCGUCUUGAAGGAAGGAGUUCCUGGAGGUGCUGAACAAUAGUUGCUGAUUUUCCUUCACGCUGUGAAGCUCCAGAUCAUCCCAAUUAAAUCAAUCACCUCAAUCUCAGUUCAUCAGCUUUAGAUCAGG